UGAGCAUUUGGAGAUUCGGGCUCUACACUCAGUACACUUUCACUUAUAUCUUUUCUAUGCUUUACAUGUGACUUUCUCAAUUAAUACAAUUUUAACAUUUUAACGUGAUUCUGAUAUUAAAUAAACUUGAAGAUCAAAAUUAGCAUUUUAAUUUAUAGCUUAAUUAUAUAACCUAAAAUAAUUUGUCAAAUUUUGAAUCGUAUAUUAAGUAUUCAUUGUAUAGAUACUUAUAAGUUACAAUCAUUUAUUUCAAUAAUUACACGUGUCCCGUUCACAGAAUAUGUUUAUACGUUAUUUAAUUUAAUCGUACUUUUGUCAUCCGAAUAUCUUGAAGGUAUGUUAAUAUUAAUAAAAAUAUAGGUAUUUGGUUUUUUUUUUUUUGUAAUGUAUAUCAUUGUGCUAACGUUAAUAAUAGGUAGGUAUUAAGUACCCAGUAAUUGUUAAUACGAUUAAGAAUACGAUUUUUAAAAAACUACUAUCUUACAAUAUUAUUUGGAUAUUGCAAUUAAAAAAAUAAUUACUAAAUAACUGUUCAAUACUGAUUAAUAUUGAUUAAUAAUUAUUUAUUAGCUUUAUUAGGUUGUUUUAUCAACUCUAAUUUUACCUAAAUAUUUAAGGAUACUAGUUUAAUAUCUCCCCCUGUCAUCCAUAAUAAUAAAUACAUUGUAUAAAUAUAAAAUAAUAAGUUUAUUUAAUGAUAUAAUGUUUAAAAAUGUUUAGGCUUUUUGUGAUUCCUAAAAUUCUGCUAUAUCUUUUAAAAUCGUUUCAAACGGAUCACUAUUAUUUUGUUUUGAUAGCCACAUAAAUUUCACCAUGAACGAGUCUCCCGGUUUGAUUAUUAAUUUUUAAACAACCUAUGCUAUGAGAUAUAACCUAGUAAUAAUAAUAAGUUUUUCCAUUAAAUUAUUAGAUUAUUUUAUAUUCAUUAUUAUGGAUGGUAAGGAGAUAAUAAAUUUGAAUGGCAGUACAAUAAAGUUUUCACUCAGUCUGGACUUGAUUAAACCAGUACCUAUUUAAGGUUAACUCAUAUUAACAAUAUGGUAUACCUAAUACAGUCACUUCUGAUUUAAUUUUUAAUUAUUUCUUUAAACAAAUUUUAUUUUUAGUUAUAUUUUAUAGUUAUUAAAAAUUUAAAAAAUAGAUAACUACAUCAUACUUACAAUGUGAAAAUUAAAAAUAUACUUGUAUUCUACAAGGUGAUCUAUUUAAGUGGUUAGGUACACUCAUUAUUUUUGAAAGUAUUAACUUUGUUCAAAACAAUUUUUUGUUUUAACUAUUUAAGAAACAAACGGCUUUAAAAUGUUAUAUUACUAUUAUUUCUGGGGAUUAAACUUAGUUUAUCUACCUAAACUAACUACUUUUGAUUUUUAAAUGGCAACCUACAUUAAAAACUUUCCACAAAUAGAUGAAAUAUUAAUUAAAUAAAUGUUUGGAUAAAGUUUUCUGGUAAAAAAUUAUAAUCUUAAAAAUUGUAAGUAAUGCAGAUGUUGCAUCAUAAUUUAAAUAAUAAUUUUUUUUUUUCCGACUUUUUUGGUUUUUCCCAAUCAUUUAUAAAAACUGCUUUAGAUAUAAAAAAAAAUGACCUUUUAUAUUAUAAGCUAUAUAUUAAAAGAAACAAAAUCAAUCUCUUGCUCAUUUUUGAUUGGAGCAAUAUUUCUAGUAGAAAACAGUUGCAAAAAUUAAAAACAAUGAAAUCAAUAGCAGUGCGUCACAAAUAUUUGCUAUUUUACCUUUAUUUUUCUUUGAGUUUUUCCUAGUUGAAAACCCUAAGAAAAUCAAAAAAAUGGCCUCUUUAAUGCACCAAGUUAGACAACAUUUUCUUUCAAAAGGUGCUAUACUCUAUACAUUGGAGCAAGCUUUCUGGUAAAAAAGUUGUUCACAAACAAAAAAAAAAACAAAAAUAUAAAAAACCAUAAUAAAACCAAUUAUUGAUCCUUCACUACACUCCUAAUCUAAAAUUAUUGAAUAAGUUAAUACUCUUUGAGAUAAUGAAGGUACCCAGUUAAAUAGCUCGCCUGUAAAAAAUAUAAACCUAAUUUGGUUAAUUAUGUGUUAUGUGUUGAUUUCAUAAUGGUUUUAAUUAGACAAGUAUCCUCUGUAAGUAUGUACAUGUCACAGUAAAAUCAAAUACAGUUUUAAGGAAAAUAUUUCACUUAAAUAAUUUUAAAACGUAUGUAUGUUGUAUGUAUUAUAGUUUUUAAUUAUUAUAUAGUAUAUAAAUACAUAUAAUUACAAUGUGUAUUGUUAUUAUUAUUACAAUUGUAUUACUAAAAAAGAAAGGUAAGAUAAUAGGGAUGGGUGCUACCAUUGGUGUAGGUGGGAAGUUUAGAAUGUAGGAUACAAACUAGAAUUUAAUGUAUUUUUGUUACGAAAAAAUGAUUCUGAGCAGAGUUUAGUUGAUAGUGAUGCUUUGUCAACAUAAUAUGCCAUAUUAUAGUAAAAUAAUUAAGUAGUUUCUAUAUUUUUUCUUAAAUAAUAUUUAUUUAAUAUUGUACUGAUUUCCCUGCUUUUUUUACGUUUUUCCUGGUUUUCCAAUUUUUCACAUUUGCUGAGAAAAUUGAAAAACGACUUCUGUAAAAUAUCUCCCCAGUAAAGUUUCCUUUUGGAAAAAUUGCUAUCAUUGAAAUUUGGAGCAAGUCUUCUAGUAGAAAAGUUAUCUACAGAAAAAAAAAAAAAAACAUCUUAAUAAAACCAUAAGCUUCUUUGCUCCACUCAGAAACUAAAAAUAAUAAUAAUAUAACAAAUAUAUUUCCAAGAAAAUAUAAUAAAGAUUUGUAUAGUGUUGCAACUUAUAAUAGGUAAUUUUUUAUCUUACUUUGACUUAGAGUUUGAAAGCAAAUGCUAUUAUCAUUUAGAGCUGAGUAAACUUAAUCGUUUACAUAACUUGAUUUUUCGAUGACUUUCCUAAGCAAUAUGUGUGCUGCUUUUACUUGCUUUAUUGAAACAUGAGGCACUGGUUCAGAUGAUGCAUCUUCAAUAUUUUCCAUUUAUUUACACUGAUAAUUCACUUUCACCACAUACUUUUCUAAAAAUGGGUAUUUAAAAAUUUUCAAGCCACCUAUUAUUGGCUUUAAAUUGUUUGUGGCCUAAUGAUUUUGCAAAAUUGUCCACUUUUUCUUUUAAAAUAGGACCUCCAAUACUGACAUUAGCAUCUCUGCAUUACUUGAACCACUUAACUACACAUUCUUCUAUGUCUGAAAAAUCAGGGUCUCUCUUCCUCAUCCCAUUUAUUGAAAAGUACAAAUCAAAUUUCUUACUGUUUUUUAUUAUGGUAGACUUAUGACUUACUGGUAUUCCAAAUUCUUAAGCAAUAUGCUUCUUCUUUCAACUUUUUAGUGCUUCAAGGACAUGUUCGAGUUAUCUAUAGUUUUAUUUCAAGUAAUCAAUGUUUUUGCAAGGGAACAUCAUUUAUUUCGACUUAUCGAGGUUUCACUAUACAUUCUUCCAAGUAUAAAGUAUUUUUUUAACCUUAACUACAACUUAACAAUGUGAUUUUAAUUGUUUAUUUAUUUAUUUAAUGGACAUGAGUCCAAUUUACAUCAAAAUAUGUAUAAUUAGAUAAUAGUGUAGAUUAUAAAUACAAUUUAGAAUAGGUGCACUAGAAAUCAUAGAUGUUAAAAUAUAUUAAAACAAUAAAAAGAUGAAAGAUAAAACUCAAACUAGUAUACAGGGUGAUCAAUCUAUCAUAAGUCACUCAUUAUCUCGAAAAUUAGUAACUUUUUUUUCAAAAUUUGUAUUAAAGAACAUUUAAGAAAUAAGCUGUUCUAAAAUUUAACAUUUACAUUAUUUUUUUUCACCGUAAUUUUUGUGGUGAAACGACUACCUAAUUUUUAUUUUCAAAUGGCAAUCUAUAUUAAAAUUUCCAUAAAUAGAUGGAGUUGUAGUAAAAAUAAAUGUUGGUGUUUUAAUUUUUAAUUUCUAUCAAUCCAUUUUUCUAUUUUUAAGUUUGGUUUGGGGGAGGGUAGUGAUACAUUAUUAAUAAUACAAAUGAUGCUUCACUGCUCUCCCCCACCCCCUGACUCAAACUUAAAAGGAUUGACGGAUUAAAGAAAAUUAAAAAUCACCAAAAUUUAUUUCAACUACUAUACCAUUUAUUUAUGGAGUUUUUGAUAUAGGUUGCCAUUUGAAAAUCAAAAGUAGGUAGUCGUUUCACCCCCAAAAAUAAGGGUGAAAAAAAUAACAUAAAUAUAACAUUGCAGAGCUGCUUGUUUUUAAAAUUUUCUAUAAAACAAAUUACGAAAAAAAAAUUCUUUCCGAGAUAAUGAGUGUUUUAUAAAAGAUUAAUCACUCUGUAUGAUAAAAAGUGCUAUUAAGUUUGAUUAAUAGAGUGAAAUAAAUCUAAACAAUUUACAGAAUUCGCAGAAUAUAGCAAGAUAUUUACAGAUGUACAUGACAUAGUUUUAAGAAUAAUGUUUUAUAUAAAAUAAUUCUUAAUUACUAAUGUUAUGUUUAUUUACUUUAAAAGUAAUAUUGUUGAUAUUGAACCUAAUUUAACCAACUCUAAUCAAAACACUAAUGUACUUUUUUCCAAAUUUAAUAACUGGAUUAAAAAGGCCACAAUUUAUGUAACCUAAGAAUGUUUAAAAAUAUGUUAAUAUAUAAAAACCUUACAUUUACAUUGUGUAAAAAUAUUUUUUAAAAUAAUUUUGUGUACUUACUUUUAUAUUUUAUAGGUUUUUAUUUACCAUGGCAGAACCAGAUCUUAAUUAUGUAAAAACUGUUGUGCGUAGUAUAAUAACUAGUACUCCAGGUGAUUUGACAGUUGCAGAUAUAUUAAAUGAUUAUUGUAUAUUAGAAGGUACUCAUUUUCCAUUUUUAAAGCUAGGAUUUGAUACAUCAUUUGAAUUACUGAAAAGUAUGGAUGAUAUUUUAAGAGUAAGUGAAUUUAAACAUUAGAAGAGGGUAGUCUUAAUUCCAUAAUUUAGCUGUAAUAAUAAUCUCUGAUUGAACAGAUUAUAAAAUGAAUCACAGGUUUAUUUUUAUUAGUAUACACAUUGAUGAUAAAUCAAUGGUUAACAAAAAAUUAAUCAAUUUAAAAUUGAUGAUUUUAUGGUAAUUUAAUAAUUAUUUUACAUAUUUACUCACAUUUGAAUCACAUUUAACUCAGUUUAAUAUGUUUAAAUAUGUAAGUCACUGAAUUGAAUACACAAAUUAUUCUCACAUCAUAUAACUUGAUUAAAUUUGUUAUGCAGACUUAUCCAUCUUCUUUCUCUCUUCCUGAUAAACUGAUUAAUUGUUUUGGAUCAUACUUAGUGCCAUGACCUUUUAUAUUCCUUAAAGGCCUGCUUCUUUUAGAAAUUCAAUUUUUGUGCAUGUGUAGCAUAUACUGUAGAUACAAAUCUAUAAAAAUGAGUUAAUAUUAAUGUGACAUUAAUUUAUUUCAGUUACCACACAAUCCAAAUUUGACUUCUAAAAUAAUACCUAUUGCUGAUAAAAAAACUUCACAUCUUAUAGAACUAGUUGAAAAACAAAAAAAUAAGAAUAAAAGAAAUUACAGACGAUCUGGUCGUAAAUCUAAGUCAUACAACUCAAAUGGCCAAAAUAUUAAGUAUAAUACUAUGAAUUUCCAUAGUCCAAAGCAUGGUUUUGAAGCUCGGGGAUAUGAUUAUAUUAAGUAUGAACAGAAUAAUUCACAAAAAACUAGAGGUUAUGUAACAAAUGAACUUAAACAUUUUAUUGAAAUACUAUGUGGUUCAAUGGUAACUAAUACAUUUAUUUUGUACUGUUUUAAAAUACUUAAAGUUUUUCUUUAUUAAUUAGUUUUCAAUUGUUUUUAGAAUACAAUUAGUAUUCCGAAACUUAAGGUUAAACUUAUUAAUCAUCCAGACUAUUCUAAAUUGAAUACAAUUAAUAUUGAAGAAGCUAUAAAUAUGUUGAAAACAUUUAUUUACAUUGAUAAAAAUGGUGUUCAUCUGAAAGGUAAUAAAUAAAAUAUCUAUACUUUACAAACUUUUCUGUGAUUAAUUUAAUUAUUAUUUCAUUAUUUCACAAAGUUUUGACAAUUUAAGAAACAAGCAACCACUUAAAUAUUAUAUUAUCAUUAAUUUUUUUUUUUGGAGGGGGGUGAAAUAACUAACUAUUUUUCAAAUUAUCAUAUAUUAUAAAUUCCUUAAAUAGAUGAAGUAUUAGAUUAAAUACAUUUUGGAGUUGAAAUGUUUGAUUUUGAAUGAAUUAAUAUUUGAGGUAUUCCACUUUUAAGUUAAGUUUGUUUAAGGAUAGAGUAGUAAAACACUAUUUAAAGUCACAUGUGGCUGUUUCAUCACACAGAAGAUGGUCCACUACACUCCCACUCACCCCCAAAAAAAAUUAAAUCAUUCUGUAUACUCGUAAUAUUAUUUUUGGUUGAAAAUUUAAUAUCAUAUUUGUAUGUUUUGCACCUUUAUCAUAAUACUAUUUUUGUUUAUUAUGUACCCUUGUCAAAUGUUUUCUUACUUAUUCUAAUUUCGUACUUUAUUCAUUUAUUGGUAAUAGCCCUUUUAUUUCCUCCCCCCCCAUUAAUAUUUCAGCAAGAGAUGCUAUAUCCCUGCUUAUAGGUGUAUUUCUUUUUUCUGACAGUGUUAAGUAUAUCUUUUUUAUUCUCUUCUGCUUUCCUUAACAAGUUUUUUUGCUAACCCUAUAUGCCUUACGACAUUUAAUUGAACAUUUGUGGGACUAGACACUAUGUGCUCUUUUGUCACUACUCCACAAAUUCUUCAAAUUCUUUCAUUUAUACUCUGUACCUCUAUUUAAUCUAAUUACUUCAGGUAUCCCAUGUCUGGAAAAAAAACUUCUAAGUGCACUAAUUUUAUUCACAUUCGUUAUUUUUGGUUUCAUCACAAAUUAGACAAAUUUAAAAAAGUAGUCCCCCCCUUCCAUGAUCUGGCUGGUACUUCUGAUCUCAUCAAUGAUUCCUAUAAGUUUGUUUUCCUAGGGUUUACAUAAAUUUAACAAUUUUUUACAACCUAUUCUGUGUCUCUAUUCAUGUUUGGCCAUUACUAGUAAGUCUUUCCUUUAUUGACAUUUCUCAAUUCCUACACAACUAAAAUUAAUUUUUUCCAACAUUUCCCUCCUUAAACUCUUUGGUACCAUUAUCCUAUUAGAUUUACUUAUUACAUUUUCCUGUAUUGUUAACAACUUUUUUAAGUCCCAAUAAGUCUGAUAAAUAAGGUACAAAGGUUGGAAAAAUACAAGUGGGAAGUAUUGCAACAUCCACCAUAUAGUCCUGAUCUAGGACCUUCAGAUUUUUUUUGUUUGGUCCGUUAAAAAAACACUUAGGAACUUAUUUUCAAAAUGAGGUCAUGAACGCUGUUACCAAGUACUUCGAAGAAAAAUGUUCUGCAUAUUUCCGAGAUAGUAUUUUCAAAUUACUCCAUCAUUGGGAAAAAUGAAUCAAUUUGAAUUGUGAUUAUGUAGAAAAAUAGUAAAAUAUAUCUUAUGUAUCAUGUAAAAAUUUUAAAGUAAUAAAUUAAUUUUUCAUUAUUCAGUAUAUUUUUGUACCUUAUUUAUCGGACAGCCUAUGUACUACUGCAACACUAGCUCACUAUCCAAAAUUUCCUUUAUUUUAUCUAAGGAUUCUCCAUGUGUUUUUAUCCACACAAAUACACUAUAUUUUUUUUAACAAUUAAAAAAAAUUUUCGCCACAUAAUUAACCAUUCCCAAUAUUCUCUGUAGCUUCUCCUUGAUCUGGUGACUUUAGAUCUGAAAUUAUUUUUAUCUUAUCCUUAUUUGGUUUCACUCCUUCACUUGCUAUCUGACAUCCUAAGAAACAUAACUUUACCCCUACGAUAUCCAUAUAUUGAUUUAUUACAUUUUAUAUUUUUCUCUUCUGCCCUUUUAUGCACUUUUCUCAGCCUUUCAUAAUGUUCCUCUUUACUACAUUUAUAAAAUAUUAUAUCCUCUAUGUAUGUACAUCUUUCAGUCCCUCAAACAACUGCUUAUAUUUGUAUUUUUUGAUUGAUUACAUAAGACCAUAUUGUAGUAACAAUCAAUGUCUAUAUCACACAUAAGCCAUUUUUUGGCAUUAACACAAACUAAAAUGUUGGUAGUUGCUCAAAAACUAAAUUAAGUUAUUAACUCUUAACAUUAGGUGGGUUUCAAGAAUACAAGCUUGUUUUUUAUUUCUUAUUUGUUAUGAAUUAUGUCAUUGUCAAUAAAAAAAAUACUUGAAUGAUUCUAAAUUUAUAAUAAGAUAUUAAAUAAUAAUGAAAUUUAUUUUUUGUUUAAGAUUCUGAAUAUAAUAUAUUUAAUUCACAUAGAAAAUCGAAAAUAACAAAUAAUAUAUCUCAUAAAAUAGAAGCUGAUGAAUAUGGCAAACCCAAACAGAAUGCUACUACUUAUAACUCAAGUAAGUGAUCAUAAUAAUUAAAAUUCUAAACUAAUAUGUUCACUAAAAUAAUGGAAUAUGAAAUUACACAUGUUCAUUGUUCACCCUCCAAUUUAUUAUUUUUAAAUGAUUUAUUAUGUCUAUACAUUUUUAAUUUGAAGUUUUCUUAAAUUUCAUACCAAUUAAUAACAAUUUUAUAUGUUUACAUACAUAUAUUGUAAUUAAAGAUGAUAUACAGCCAAGAAUUUUGUAUGCACUUUCCGAUCAAAAUAGUGAUACAGAAGAUGAUGACUUUGGCAUGUCAGAGGGUUUAGAUUAUUGUAAUACAAAAAAGCAUUUAUUUGAAUAUUCCAAAAAGACAAAUAAAUUAGGUAAGAGAUCUUAAUAACUAAAAUGUUUGACCAAUUUGUUAACUAACUUUUUAAAUUUAUUUACCUUCAAAUUAUUUGUAUUUAAAUUAUUUACUUAAUCCAUAUUACCAUAAAAAAAUAGCCAUACUUUCUUUUAUUCAUUAAUUAGUAGGUUAAUAGAAGUAAAACUUUAAGUAAAGUAGAAGAAUAUUAUUGGAAACAAUAAGCACAGAAAAAAGAUCCAAUUGGAUAAGUAUAAUAGAAAUAAUAAACAUGAACUAAAAAACCUAAGGCUUAUUAAUGAAUAAAUUAAAUGAAGACUCAAAAUAAACUAUACAAUAAUACAAAAUUAUACCAGAUCAUAUUGCAAAUUAACUUUUUAUAACCAGAAAAAAAUCCUUAGAACACUUGAGAAUUUAAAAAUAUUUUUAAAACCAAGGAAGAAGUAGAAUAUUUAAAAAAAUAAUUAACAGAAGCCCUUUAAAUACAUACAAAAAUAAAACCGUUGGCCAAUGUAAUAAAUUUAAGAAUUUGGAUCUUGGUUUAAAUAAUGGAUACUGGGACCCUUUAAUGUUUAGUUUUCACCUUCAAAUUACCCAAAAUAUGAAGAAAAGCCCACAUAAAACCCAAGGGAAAGAACCAACAUGCCCCAAAAACUGCCAUACAGUAUCCCUUAUUAGCCUUCAUCUCAACUAUUUGUAGUUGGUAUAGCUAAUUCUUUGCUAUUUAUUUAAAGUUUUUAAAUUAGUGGUUUUAAAACUCAUAAACCAAAUUGAUCAAAAUCUCAUUCAAGAAAGAGCUGAGCUCAGGAAAGAAAAAUCAUAUAUAGAUUAAAUAUGACCUAUUUUAUUCAAAAAAGUCGCCUUCUUGUACAAACAAUUGUUUUUGAGAAACCCCAUUUGUUAACAAGUAAUUAUAUUUCUAGAACAAAUUCUGUUUAAUGUUGUCCAAAUUAAUCGGGGCAGCUCAAAACCAGGCGGUUUUAUGUUAGGAUCUUUAAUCAGGUAGCUAUUUUUCAGGCUGGACUUUUUCCAUAGUUCAUGUGGGGUUUCUUGUCUUAUAUUGUCACUUUAUAUUGGGUGUCUUAAUUUGACUCUUUUAUCUGGGUGAAGAAAAACAUUGUGAGCUGGUGUGUUUAUUUUGUUUUUAAUUUGUUCAAGGAUAGCCUUUAUCCUGUGUAAUUCAGAUGGUUAGUAUAUUGGAGAGAAGUGGUAGCCAUUGGGUUCCUCAGUACUCCUGCUACAUUGUACACUAAGGCUAGCAUUGAACAUUUGAAUUACUGUCCCAGCUAGUUUAGGGACGAUGUUUCUGGCCUUGAGCUAUUUUUCAUGGCAUCAGUAUGUUAUCUGUACAUAAAGAUUCUGUCUAGUUUAACUCUUAAAUAACGAGGACACUUAUCAUUUGUUAUAAUGGUAUUUACAAAUAAUUGGAGAGAUUUGACCUAAUGAAACAUCAGAUUAAUAGUUGAGUAACACUUAUUUUUAGUAGUAACAUUUAUUAAUGAUAAUUAACCUGUAUUAUCAGACAGCCAUUAUCAUACGGCACUUUCAGGGAUUUUCAAUUAUGGGUUAACACACAUUAACUUGUAAUUAGUCUGACAUUGUAUCUAUUACAUGAUUUGAAUGCAUACUGUCUAAAAAGAUGCAGUUUGAGAACAUAUGAAAUUGUGAACUUAAGUAAAAAUCUGUAGAUAAUUAAUUUUAUUAGCAAUAUUAACUUAUUUAUUGAUAAUAAACCUUAUCAAUAUAUUGCCAUUUCUAUCAUUUCUUGUAGUAAACAUGUUUGUUGAUUGUCUAUGGGAUACAUGGAAAAGCAAUCAGAUGUUUAAAAUUUGUCUAGGAACAUCAAAAUCCAUUACAUUACUUAUCUGACGGACCGAAAAUCUAAUGAAGAAUAUACAUUACACUAAAUAUAAUAUACCAAUUAUUAAAUAUUUUCUUUUUCUUUCCUUAUCCAUAGGUUAUUAUUUUUAUUAUUAUUAAAUAAUAAAAUAAUAAAGUAAAAACAAAUUUAUCAAAUGGUUAAUACCAGUAAAUAAAUAUAUAAAUAAAUAAUUUAUAUAUUAUUAUUAAUUUGUUACAGGGAGUAAAAUUUUGUAUUUAAUUUUCAUUUUUUUCUGUGUAAGGUUUUAGUAUAUUAUAUGAAACCAAUUAACUUCCUUUUUUAUUUUAUUUUAGUUUAGUUUACUUAAUUGUUUACAUAGAUCAGCAGUUCCCAGACUUUUUCAGCCACAGAGCAUUUUUUAAUCAAUAUUUUCUUGUGGAUAAAUAUUUAAUGUUAAGUUUUAUUUGCUGUCUUCUAUUUAUUUAUUCAUAUGAUAUUAAAAUGAGUCUUAGCACUAAAAUAUAUCCUAAUUAGGUAACAAAUUUGAAUUAUUAUUAUUUUUCAUUUUUUUUUAUUUUUUUUUGUUAUCAUUUCUUUCCACAAUACCCAAUUUAAAACAUGGUUAGUUUAAAUUAUUCCUACUUAAAUCCUUUAAAUAUAGGUACUUCUUUUCCAGUUGAUUUACUAAUUUUAUUAUCAAAAAUUCUUUGUAGAACUAUUUCAAAUAUAGGGUGACAAUAAGGUAAAUAAAGUAAUUAGUUAUCUAAAAGUUAUUUCAGCAGAACACAAGUUUUAUAGAUCUCCCAUUUGGCCACUAUUUAUGGCAGUUGUAUUAAACAAAAGAGCUUUUCCAGAAUAAUUUAAGUUUUAAUCUAUUAGUGUGUUAAUUGAUUCUCACACAUUUUUCAUUUUACAUUUCACACAAAUUUUAAAAAGUAUUUAAAAAUAAUUGACUCAACUACAGUAAAAGGUUUUGACACCAAUAUUUAAAAAAUCAAAUAAAAUUUACAAUAUGACCUACCUUCAUUUUUUUUUUCAACAUUAAAAUUUAACUCUUAAAAAUAUUUAAAUUAUAAUGCAAAUUAUAAAUGCAAUAAUAAUUCCUUUUAAAACUUAUAACAUCUAUAAUUAUACAUAUAUAUAUAUAUAAUAUUAAAACAGUAAAAAGAGUGUAUAAUAUAUAUUAUAACAUGUUUUUUUGAAAAAUAAUUCUUGGAAUGUAUUAUGAUUUUUAAGAAACUUAAUUUUAUGAUAUUGGACUUUAUGGCACAUAACUUUCUAACACUUAUGUAGAAUUUUAAUUUUUGUGGUAAGAUUUUAAUUAUAUUUAAUUUGAAUAUCAUAAUUUAUGAAUUGAUCAUUCAAUUAAAUUUAUUGUUACAAUUAAGGAGUAUGAUAAAUUUGUCAUUUUUGCCUAAUAGUUAUAGCUUAUUAAAUGAUUAAGUUUGAAACCAAUUCAAAAUUAAUUUAUAAAUUGAUUUUUUAUGUUUUAUUUUUAUUUAGAACUAGAUGACAUGCUAUCAAAGAUUCAUUUAAAAACUAUUAUUAAAUCAAAUGAAGAAUUAUGUAUUGCUAAUGAUACUGAAGAUAAUUGUUAUCAGCAAUCACAAAGUUUAAACUUGUGUGAUGUUAAAGAAACUGAAUUAAGUAAGUUAUUCAUAUACUAAUCAAAAUUACAUGAAACAAAAAAUAAAAUUUUUGAAAUUUAAAUAUUUUUUCAUUAUUUAUUUAAUUCUUUAUAAUCAUAAUUUAAAAAUUAAUUUGUUUCCUUGAAAUCAUAAAGAACCUAUAUAAAAAAUAUGGUUUAUAACAGUUAACUUUCAUCUUCAAGAGUUAGCUACUAUCACCAAAUUGUUACAAUCUCAUACUCCAAUUCUUCUCUUGGAAUUCUAAGGUAUUUUAAAUCCCUUUCUAAACAUCAAUCUACCUCUUCCAAGGGCGGUCCUUCCUUUUCCCUUCUGACUUCCAAUUCAGUGCUAUCCUGUUUGCUUUAUUAUAUUAUGUUCUAAAAUAUUGUAAUCUCUACCUUGUUAUGAAUCCAUUUAUUGUCACUAUUUUCAAUUAUUACAAAAGUAUAUUUUAGUAUAGUAAAAUAUUCUUGAAAUAUUGCUUGAAAUGUACUUAGAUUAGUUCUUUAAAUGCCAUCUCUGGUCAAAUUAAAAAAUAUAUUCCAUAAAUUUGACUGUAUACCCACGCACACUAACAUUCAAUUUUAUUAAUUAUGCAAAAAGAUUGAGAAAUUAACAUAUUUGAUUUUACCCUAUUUUUAAAAAAAAAAAAAAAAACCAUUUAUGUUUAUGGUGUUUCUUUAUAAAUUUUAUGCGUUAUAAGUCAUUUUUUUUCAUUUUUAUUUAAAAUUUUAGAUGAUAUGCUAUCAGGGAUUCCUCUAAAACCAAUAAUUAAACCAAAUAAAGAACUGUCUAUUACUGAUAUUACAGUAGAUAAUUGUUAUAAGCAAUCACAAAGUUCAAAUUUUUGUGAUAUAAAACAAACUGAAUUAAGUAAGUAAUUUAAAAAAAAACAUAAACAAUGAAAUUUACAAAUUUGAUUUCAACUAAUUUUUUUUUUUUUUUACAUAACAUUUUUAAAUGUAUUAUAGGUAAAAAUCAUCAAGAGUUAAAAAAUGCUAAUACUAGCAUGGCCCCAAAAGAGUAUCACAAAAUAUUAGAAAAAACUACUAAUUCUAAUGUAAGUUUUAUGUAUUUUCUUCAUAAAUAUAAUUUUUUUUUUUAUUAUUAUUAUUUUAAAUUAAUAUAAAUUCAAUCUGUUAAAUAUUGAAAAGUGAAAAUCACUAAUAAUCAUCCAUUUUUGAUUUAUUCCUAUUAUAUAUAUAUGGAUUAAUCAUUCAUUAUCUUGGAAAGUUUAAAUUUUUUCUGGAAUUUGUUUUAAAAAAUCUAAUAAAUAAGCAGCAGUUCUAAAAUUGUAUAAUAUCUUUAUUUUUUGUUACCCUUAUUUUUGGCAAUGAACUGAUCAUACACCUUUGAUUCUCAAAUAACACCUAUAUUAACCUUAUAUAGAUCAUGUGCAUGGUGGUAGUCCCACUGAUUACAGAUGUAAUCCAUAUUGUUGGCUAUCUUUGUAUACAAUGGUAAUGAAACAGACAUUAGAUUUAGAUUGGUAACAUAAAAAAGGUUUAACCAUAUUUCAUUUGAAUAUACUGAAGGUGUAAGAUUAAAAUUCCAUAGAUACAUUUCAUCAUCAAACUGUACUUUACUAUAACUUUAUUUAUUUAUGGAAAUUUUAAAAUAGGCUGCUAUUUAAUAAUUUAUAGAGAAGUGAUUUCAGAGUACCAAAAAUAACGACAGAAAUGUAACAUUUUAAAUUUUCUAAAAAAAAAAAAUGUAAUACUCCCCCAGUGUCUAACAUUAUAUUAUUUUAUAUUAAGGUGGUUGUUAGUUAUUGAUAAAGUUUUUUUUUUUUUUUAAGUUUUUCAAUAGGCUUUUGUGCCAUUUUGUUUGUUAGUAUAAAAAAAAAUUUGGGUAGAAUUUGAUUUUGAUAACUAAAAAUUGCUUAUGAUCAACCAUUUUGUACUUAUUAAAAAAAAAUAAAUAUAUAGAAAUCAUCCUGAGAACAGAAUAUAAUAAAUCUUAACUUAAAAAAAUAAAAUACAUGUGAAGCUAAUAUUUAUUGUAUUGUAUGUAUAAUGCAUACAAUAUAUUAUACAUUAUAUAACACACCACGUAUAAUAUUAUGGGCUGAAAAUAAAUUUAAUAUACAUUAUUACAAAAAUUAAUUUGAAGAUAUAAAUCAAAACAUUAAUCAAAUUAAUAUUUAUUUCCUAACAUUUUUUGUUUAGCAUCAGGAAACCAUUGAUGAUAAUCUUUAUUAUGAUCAUAAUUCUGAUCCUCAUCUUUCGUUAUCACAUUGUCGAAGUCACUUAUCAAUUUAAGGCCACGUUCAGCAGCAUAGUUAACCAUUUUCAAAUUGCUAAAUAUUUCUAAUCCCUUUAGGUAAUUUAUAUUUGUAUUCCAUACUUUAGGAUCUUGAUCUAAAAAAUUCAUAUUCAAUCUCUGGAAUAAUUUAUUUGAUUUUAUGUUUAUAAAAUCAUAAAUAUAUUUAUGUUUCAUAGAAUAAAUAUUUGCCAAUGAGACUAUAUAUAUAUAUCGUUUUCUUGAAAUUUCAUUCAAAUGUUUGUAUUUUUAAGGGCAUCUACCAUUUUCCUUUUGGCUUCUAUUGACACAUUUGAUUCAAAAAGCCCGAGGGCCUGCUGCUUCUGAACUUACCACAGAAGGCCAAUAAAAUUUUAUAAUGAACAAUUUGAAAUUCUAUCAUCAAUAUCUUUAUAUUCAAUGAGGCUCUGAAUAAAUAAAAGAUCUUGAUAUGGGGCUUCUGUAGCAAUGUGCAAACCAUCUUAUUUGUAAAAAAAAAAUAAUAAUAAAAAUACAUGUAUCAUGACAUGCAGUUUCUUGUGUUAAUUUCAUAUUGAAUUGCUUCCGAAAAAUGAAAAUUUUAAGACAUUAAAUUACCUUGGCCAUCCAUCGAGCAUGAUGACAAGUUUCUAGUACUAGAAUCCACAUCUACAUUUUCAACUACAAAUUUGUUUUAAAUAUCAUUUAUUUUUUACAGUUAAAAAAUUAAUACAAAUAAUGUUAAAGUUAUAAUCACUUGCAUUGUGCUUGAAGUUCAUGUUGAUUACGUUUUUUCUUUUUCUGGUACUCUUCGAUUUGCCUCUUAUAUUUAAUUUCUUUUUUAUGUGUUGUUAAAUCAUCCCUAAUUAAAGAUCCUGAUCAACCUUUUUGUCUUUGAUGAAUUAAAAACUGCUUGUCUAUAUCUGUUUUCAUUAUCUUUAAAGUAUCUGAGUGAUAUGUAUUGUAUGUAAUUUUUUCUCAUAACUUAUUUUGUAGGAAAUUAAAUUGUGUAUAAAAUGUAUUUACAAUGUUCUACAUGAUUUCCAUUUAUCAAAUAUACUUGAAUAACAGUAAAAAAAAAAACCAGUUUUCCGAAUAAAUGAAAUAAAUCAUGUUUAAUUCUUUUUCUUGGAUAAUAAUGAUUUUAUCGAAGAAUGUGUAAAAAAUUGAUAUUAGGCAAUUAAAAGAUCUAUCAAAAAGUUAAUGAUGAGUUUUAUGAUAAAUGCAAUAGUUUUUUACUUAAACUCAAAACACCAUAAAACUACGUAAUUUUGUUAUUUUUCAACUGAAGGGGGUAAGUUAUCAAAACCAAAUUCUACCCAAAUUUUUUUUUCACUAAAGCACAAAAUGGUUGGGUAGCCUAUUGAAAUUUUCAAAGUUCAAAAAUAAUAACCACCCUAAUAUAUUUGUAACACUAGUUAUCUCUCAAAAUUAUGAGAAAUCCAUUAAUAAUUAAAAAUUGUAUAUUAUUCUUAUACAGGUUGAACAAAAACCUAAAUCAAAUAGACAAGGAAUCAAAACAUGUAAGUAAUUUUUAACAAGUGCAAUGGUUCUCAAAAGUUUAAAAUCCCAGUACUACUAAACAUUUUAUUUAAAUAUUUACUUUCUAUUAUUUGAAAAAUAUGUUAAAAUGAAAUAAUUUUUUUUUUUUCACCAGUGAUUACAUUUUAAUAGCAUGUGUUUUUUUUACAUUAUCCUACAAUAUUGCAUUAUUAUUAUAGAGUUGCACCAAUCAAUAACUAAAAUAUAAGUUACAAUUUAUAGGUUUCUACUAAGACAUUUUUUCCUUUUUUACAUAAAUAAAACCUUAUAUAUAUCCUACCUUCACAACUAUUCACCUACAACAAUGACCUCAGUAUUUGCUCUUUUUUACAUUAAAUUCUUAAGCCCUUCAACUUUUUUUUUUUCGAAUUCUAAUAAUUAUAAACAAAAAAGAAACUGUUAGAAAUUCGAUUAUAAGUAGACUUCAAGACUAUUACUUAUUCAAAUAUGUUUUUGGAAGUUUUUUCUAAUAGUUGUUACAAAAUAAACAAAAAAUAUUUGAUUAAAAAAGCAUCUUUCUCAGUAGUAGAUUAAUGGAAAAGUCUUGUCAUAAAGUUGUUUAUUAAAAUAUAGUAAACAUUUUUUGGAAUUUUAUUAAAUUGGAGAAAAUUUGGAAAACCAGUAACAGUUUCCUUUAAAAACAUAUUGGUCACUUUUUUAUUGUUUAAAAAUUAUAUUCACUAGUAAUCCAGUAUAUUUUUAAAAUAAUACAAAUUAAGGUGUUUUUUGAUAAAAUUAUUUUUAUCAUUGCAUUCAUUUAUUUCACAUUUUGUUAAAUUUAAAGUGUGCCUCAUUAUUGUAAAGAUUGAAAAAUACUGUAGAAGCAUAAUUAUUUUAAACAUUAUUUACAAUAUUGUUGCCAUUUGGACAAUAAGCAAUUUUUCAACAAGAAAUAUAGAUCCAUUGAUAUGCUUGAUUCUCAAUCUAUGUUUAUAUGAUUGUAAAUAUAAUUUAAUACAAACUAUUAUACAUUUAGUUAAAAAUUAUAAUUUUAUAAUUAAAAUUUUAAUAUUAUAUUCAGUUUUAGGGUAAAUUAGUAAUUAUAAUGUGUAUGGAUUUGUAAUUUUGCUUUCCCUCCUGUCCCAACUAAAUUCAUUUUCAAAUGGAUAACAAUAUCAAUUCUAAUUUUAGAUUCUGAGUGAAGCAAAGAAGCUUAUGGUUUUACAAUGACAUUUUUCUAAAAGGAAAUCUGACUGAAGAGUUACAUUAGAGAGGCCAUUUUUUGAUUUUCCCAGUAAAUUGGAAAGUACCAAAGAACAUUUCCUUUCAGAAAAGUGCUUUAAGUAUAGCACCUCCAAAUAAGCUUUCUGGUAGAAAAGUGUUCACAUAAAAAAAUAAACAUCAUUGUAAAACCAAUACAUUACUUUCUUCCCCCAGAAUCUAAAAGUCAUAUUUAAUAAUUUUAUAAUUAAUAUACAGUGUUCUUUGUACGUAUUAGCAGGUGAUGACUUAAUGAUGAAUAAUAAAGCCCGUUACAAAAAUAUGAUUAUUUCUAUUAUUGAGAAUAGUAGAUUUCCAAUUGAUGUUAACAAUGUAAUGGCCACUUUUAAAAAAAUACAUGGCUAUGAAUUUCCACUUCAAAUAUUUGGUUGUAGAACAUAUAUGGAUUUUUUCCGUCUACACCCAGCAGUAUUCAAAGUUAAUAUUUAAAAAAAAAUUAAAAAUUAAUAAAUUAAAUUAUUUUACUGUUAUUUCUUUACUGUUUUGUUUAUAUUUGUUUAGUUGGAAAAUUCAUAUUCUUCAAAAAGUAUUGUUUCAAUUGAAAAUUUAACCUUAUCAGAACGAAAAACUACUUUAAGACAUAAUUUCAUUUGUGCAUGUAAGUAAUUUUUGUUCUAAUAUAUAUUGACAAUUUCAUGAAACAAUGUAAUUAAUAUAUAAAAAGAGUUUAGGACUUUUCUCAGUAGCAUGUUUUUUUGUGAUUCUAGAUAAGAUACAUAUUUGAUUUAUUAAUUUACCAACUUAAAUGUAUAUCUGGGGACAACAGGUUAGAAGAAAUAUCAUAGUACAAUAUAUUUGUAAUGAUAUAGCUUUGAUAAGAGACAAAUCUGGAUUAAGUUAAAAAUAGGUUUCAGAAAUGAAUCGUAGUACUUGAAAAAGGACUUAGGAUAAGUAGAAGUAAAACAGAGUAUAAGUUUGGUGAACCGAGAAACGACAGCUAACAAUAGGCCUUUAGAUGAGGUUGAACAUUUUAAGUAUUUAAGUAAGGAUAUUUUGUACAAAAUAAUGAUGUUGAGUAGGAUUAUAUGUGGUUGAAUAGUGGAUAGAAGCAUCCAGUGUUUCAUGUAACAAAAAAAUUCUAAUGAGACUUAACAUCAAGUUCUAGUGUGAUAAGACUAAAGCUAAAAUAUAAGCUGAAUAUUGUAUGGUUUGGAGUAUUGGGGGUGGUGGAUAGAAAAAUGGAGCAGAAAAUGAUUGUAACAGAGAUGAAAAUGCUUAGGUAAAUGAGUAGAAUGCUGAAAGGAGAUAAGAUAAGGAAUGAGUACAUAAGAGGUAGCUUACGUAUGGUUUUGGUAGUAGACAAAUGAGAGAAAAUAAACUGAUAUAGUUUGGACAUAUGAGAAAAACUGAAAAUAAGGUAGUUAUAUUACUAUGUAUUUUAAUAGUAUGAAACAAUUAAUUUAAUAAAUAAAAAUUUGUAUUGUAGUUUAAGAAUAGAUGAUUUUAUUACAAUUUAUUUAAGUUAAAUUCAAUAUAACAAGAAAUAAAAAGUGGUAGUCAGGCGGGAAGGUGCUUGCUUGAACUUGGAUGAGACUUGUCUACCAAAGACCCUUUCCAGGCCCUCCAUUAAUGGCCUGUCUGUGGUGUAAGUGAUCAUUGAGUAACUGUAAUAUACUGGAUUCGUGUAGAAUUAGGUUUAUCACCCAGGUCAAUCAAGCAUCCACCUGCUGCAUGUACCUUUUUAAUAAUGUUCACUAUAAUUCCAUAAUAUUUAAACAAUGUACAAUAUUCAUUUUGAUACAUACUGGUACCUACGUACACGUGUAAAUAUAUCUUAUGUAAGAAUAUGCACUGCACACUGAAGCAAUAGGCAAUUGGGAAUCUGGCAAUAAGAAAUAUUAUUUCCAUUAGAUUAUUAGUUAUUAAUAAAUAUUCUCACACUGAAGCAACUUGAUACUGCCAGUGAUACAGCUGUUGCUGAUUUGAUAUUUAUUUCCAGUGUUGAGCAAUAUUUUAAUAUCGCGAUUAUUUCCCAAGUGGCUCAUGAAAAAAAUAUUUAUAACUUAGGUAUUGUAAUUUUUUUUUUCUUUUUUGAAUUUUUGUUAAUUUAAAAUUGAAUCUUAUAAAAAAAAAAGAAAUAUUCAGUAAGAUAAAAAAACUGAUUAUCAAUGAGAAUAAGUGUUGAUUUUUAAUGUAUAUUCCUCAUGGUAAUCCCAGCAGGAAACUGACUGUAUUUAAUCCAAAAAAGGGUUGUGUUGGAUAAAAAUAUUUGGGAAUUGCUGUUUUAAUAAUAACAGUGCAAGUUCAUGUGUAAUUUUGUUUUUUCAUCCUUGGCAGAUGAGAUAGUUUUUACUGCAUUUCUUUUGUGUGAGUGCUAGAGGCAAUAUGUAUUGUCUGUUGAUUAUUGUUAGUCCCCUAGUAGUAAUAGUUGCUUAUUGUGUUAAAGUCACCUAACAGUUGGAUAAAAUUGUACAUGAUAUGAGAACAGCUGGUGUAGGAAAUCUGGUCAAGUGAAAGUUUAGAAUGUGAGUAGCCAACCCCAAAUAGUUAGAAUUAAGGAGAAGGAGAAUAAAAAUAAGAUUCUACCAUGUUAAAUCAUAUCAUUAAACUUAGCUAAUUGGUACAUAUUUUAAAAAGUAACUCAUUUAACAUAUUUAAAAUGAAUAAUGAAUUAUUUAUAAUUAUUUUUAAAAUAAUCAAGUAGAUUUAUUAUUUAUUUUUAUAGCUACAAUUUAUGAUGAUGAUGUUUGUUCUGAUAAGAAACCAGAAGAAAAAGCAGUACAAGAACUUUCAAUUUUAGAAGAAUUUAAAUUAAACUCUAAUUACUCAAAUCAAUACAAAGAGUGCAAUGAUAACACACAGUAAGCAUUACUAUAUUUAUUUAUAUAUACAAUUUGUAUACCAGAAUCUAACACCAGAGUUAUUCAUUAUUAAUAAUAAAUAGUAAUAAAUAAUAAUAGUUAAUCUUAUAUCUAAGUGAAAACUUCUCUUGGGAGGUUUUGGAUUUCAUGGGAGCACAUGGGUGAAAUGAGUUAACUGACAAAUACAGUGACACACUGAAAAUUUUAAUCCAGUAUAUCUGUAUACAUACAUGUAUAUAAAUAUAUAACAUACAAAUAUUUCCUCUUUAUAAUAUUAAAUAUUAUUAUUGUUAUUUGUAUUAAUUAUUAAUUAUUAUUAACUAAUAUUAUUAAAAAUAGUAAUAGUAUAAAAGUAUAAUAUAAUGUAUACAACCAAAUAUGUUAUUUGAUUGAAUAGUUAUUGUCAAUAGAAUGAACAUCUUGAUAGUUUUUUUAGUAUAGCUGUUACUAUAAAUGUCUGACAGUCAUCAGUUAAUGUCGACAUAAAUCUCUUAUAUUGGUGGAUGUUAAAAAAUGGAAAAAAAAAAAAAAUUGUAGAUUUUUACUAGUAAAUGUUGUUGGAUAUCAAGAUUUUGGUCAAUGUUGACAUAUACAACAUGUGACUAUAAUAAUAUUAAACAAUAUUAUAUUUGUAUUAUUAAUAAGCUCAAAAAAUCUAGUAAAUAUGUAUGCAGUUAGCCAUAAAAAUUACCAAAAUAUGAUUAAAACGAUUAUUUUAAUUAUAAUCUUAUACUAUAAAGGUUUUGUAAAAAAAAAAACAAAUUGAUUCAUAUUAGUAUUUAUAUUUCUUUUCCUCUGAAAAUCAUUCAAAAAUAUUUGAUAUUUUUAAUAUGAUAUAUUGAUAACAAAAAUUACAUUUAAACAAUUGGAAUUUUAAUGUUUACCUGAUGUUAUUGCAUUGAAUAAUUAAUGAUUGGCAUGUUUUCAAACAAAAAUGAGUAUUAAUUGUCUGUUAAUAAAUUUUUGUACUAGAAUAGGUAUUAUCAAAUUAUCAUUAAUUGAAUUAAUAACUCACCUGAUAAAUGUAGAUAUUUUAAAACAUUUUUGUAAUUCUUGAUUCUUGAAAGUGUACCAAAUCCUAAAUCACCAAAAUAUGCAAAAUACAAUUUUGUAUAUAGACUAAUUAGGUCAUGAAACACAUUUUGGUAUUGACUUGCCAUUUUUUUUAACAACCCAUAAAAAUAUGCAAAUAAAUAUUCCGGCUGUCCUUAUUAAAUACUUAAUAGUUAUUUAUAAUGAACAUACAAAUAAUAAAACUAAUGUGUAUUAGUUAAAUAAUGUUUUUCAUCACACUUUUAUCAAGACUUAUAUAAUAUUAUAAAUUAGAUAUACCAGAAAUAAAAUUACCAGUAUAAACACUGUCUGUCCCUUGUCCUAAAGGGUAAUCUUAUCUAUUUUACUAAAUAUAGUUCACAAAAUUUAUACUUGAUGAUGUCCUUUCUUAUGUUAAUCCCACUGAUCAAGUCCUUAAUUGAAAGUUGAAAAAGAUCAAAUUUGCUUAUGUGGCCAUACCUUUUAUGCCAUAAACUUGCAGUUUCAGAGGUUGCUAUGUUCUGAUGGUACCUUUAUUAUAGAUUUAUACAUUAUGAACACAAAAUGUAAUUAUUAAUAAAUUCUCUUCUUGGCUGUUUACUGGCAUUAGAUUAAAACACAUUAAACAUAGUUAUAGAAUUUGUAUUGCAUAUUAGUACUAUGUUUCCUACAUGGGUGGUUGAGUUGAUACAUCUUUCUUUAUUAGGUUGUUAGCAUCAUUUGCUUCAUUAUUUUGGUCAAGUUAUUAAAUAUAUUACUUUGAUAUCUCAUGUAACCCAUGAAAUUAUUAUUUUUAAAUUUAGGUUAAGCAGUACAAAUACACAAACAUUUUCUUCAUCAUCAAGCAAAACUAUUUUCCACACAAAUUUAAAAGAUACAAAACACUAUGAAAUGUAUGACUCUGCUAUGAUAUUAGAUUCAAUGAAAAAGAAAAUGCGUUUGAUUUUGGCCAAACACAAAAAUGGUAUAUUAUGUAAUGAAUUUAUGGAUAUUUAUGAUGUAAGUAUAAAAUAUGCUCAUUGUUUAAUUUCAUAAAUUGUUUAGAAUUUAAAGCUAGCAAAAUCUUUUUUUUAAAAGUUAUUAAUUAUUUGAAAUUUUAAUUAUUUAUAAUAUUUAAUAAUUUAUGUACUCCUUCUUUCUCACUAUAUUUCCAAUCUAUUGAGAGCUGCCUACCUUUGAUCCUAAAUCUCUAUAUCUCUAUAUUAUAUAAUAAAAUGUAUAGCUAACUUAAAUUUGUAUUUUAAACUUCAUUUGUAUUAGUUAAUUUUUUCAUUCUAAAAAAAUUGCAUUGUACAUAGCAUAAUCUAGAAAAUUAAUUAUAUUUAAUAGGCUGAAUAUAACGGUUGCUUUACUUUUUCUGAAUAUGGAUUUAGAAGCAUGAGGGAUAUGGCAUUCAAUUUGCCAUCCAUAUUUUAUGUGAAAGAAUCUGAAGAAAAUGGUGAAUAUGUUCUGUAUGAUGCUCGUAGAAGAAGUGAAUUUGAAAAUUUGAUUGAUAAGUUAGGUAAAUGCUUGUAUAAAUAGGCCUAGCAGUCAUAAAUUACCAGCAUUAUACACUUUGCUACUAACAAAUAUUAUGUAUUGUUUAUAAAUUAGUACAUUACAAUUUAUUUUCAGAUCCAUCACUAUAUUAUAAAAAUAUACCAAAGACUGUAAUGUAUAAUCUUUCAAUGAUUUUUGAUAAGAAUCGUACUGGUAUCAGUUUAGUAGAAUUGAAGCAUUUAUACUGUGUAUGUUACAGAUAUUCAGUGUUAUUACAAUUAAUGUUUUACUGAUACAUAUAUUUGCUUUUUAGACAGAAUUUGGGCGAUGUUAUGAACCAUCAAAAUAUGGUUAUUAUUCUGAAGAACACAUGUUUAAAUUGUUGAAUAAAAUGAUUCAAAUAAAAGAUAAUAAAUUGUACACGGUUGAUCCUUUCGCCUACAUAAAUUUUACUGAUGAUUAUGAUUGCACAACUCAGAGUAAAAAAAAUUGUCUUCCUUUAGUGGUAUGUGUUUUAAAAAUCAUUCUAUAUUGAUUUUAGAAUAGUACCUCUUAACUUAAGAUUCCCAUAAACACCAUUAAUAUUCAACAUACAUAAGACAAAUUUUAUUGGCAGUUAUAAUCCCAGUUCAUAAGUUCAUGCAUUGACAUGUUUUUUGCUAUAUAGAAAAACAUACUAAAUCUUCACUUAGUAAUUGAUACUUGGUUUCUACCAAUACUGUUCAUAACAAUACUAAUAGAAAUACAAAUUUGAAUAGUACAGUUUUUUGAUUAUUUUGGUACAUUGGCUUAUUUGGAAUAAUAAUUUUGUAGUUAUUAGGGCAUAUAUCCUAUGAGUUGAAAAAACUAUUAUUAAUUCUUAUUUAUUUUCCUGGAAUGUUAACGAAAUCCAAAAGAUUAUUAUCUAUCACUAAAUUAAAAUUUUUCCCAUGUGUUUAAACUAUAGAAAUUUAAAAAAAAAAAAACAAUAAAUAACUGGAUUUUAUAAUAAAACAAUACUAUACUGUACUAUACUAACAAUUAUUGGACACUGUUCAAAAGAGCUCAAGUCAAAUUUUUAUAUUUUAUAUUACUGUUGUUUUAUAUGCAAUUUUGUGCCAUGACUAACUCUGUAUCACUAGUUUGAAAAAAUGUUCAUCAUCAAGUUAUUCAUUUAUGCAUUUUGUCACAAGUCAAAUUAAAUUUACUUUGUUGAGAAAGAGCUCAAGUCAAUAUUGUUCUUAGUGUAAAAGUUUUUGGACUUGAGCCUUUUUGCGCCAACACUACUAAUUAUAGGACUUCUCAAAUAAUAAAUACAUUUUAAGUAGUGAUGAAAAGAUACAUAUACAGUGUCCCACGAUGAUCUUCAAUUUGAAAUUAUUUUUGUUCUAUUCAAUAUAUUUGAUUUAUUUUUAUUUUUUUAAAUAAUUAGUAUACCUUUGACUAUAGUUUAUAUAAAAGCAUUUUUUUUUAGGGUGCUCCCCCUACUUAAAAUUUUAAAAAAUAAGCCAUUUUGUAAAAUAAAUUUUUAGAAAAAUGUUUAUUGGUUGAAACUUAUUUACUAUAAUUUUUUAAGUUUUUGUAAAUGUAAAUAUUACUUAUUAUGGUUAUAUUAUUAUAAUAUUUAAUCAGUUAUUAGUUAGGGCACAUGACAAGGAUUUUCAUUUCUAUAGAUUAAUAUCAUGCAAAAAUACAUUAUUAUUUUAUAUGUAUUAGAUAGUAUCCAUCAAUUAAUACUGGUAAUUUAUAUCAAUAAAGAAUUUUGUUAUGAUUGAAAAGAAAAUUAUGCAAAUUUUAUGAAAUCAUCGAAAAUAAGACCAUACUUUUCAACAGAAAUUUUCCAAAAAUCUAUUUUACAAAAUAGCCAUUUUGAUUUUUUUUUUAAAUAAUGUUCAUAUAUAAACUGUAGCGCAUAACUAAGCUAUGCUAAUUAUUUUAAAAAUAUUAAAUAGAAAAAAAGUUAUUUCAAAUGGAAAAUUAUCAUGGGAUAUCCUGUAUAUAAAAAUAUUGGCUGUAUCUACAUUGAAAAUAUCAAAAUUUAACUACAAAAAUUAGUUGAGCGUGUUUAAUAUAUAUUUUUGUUUUUUCUAUUAAAAAAAGAUACAAUUUAGUGCAUAAUUUCUAUUUUUGAAAAAAUUUUCACAAAGCCAAAAUCAAUGACUUGUUUAUCCCAAUUUUCUAGUGAAUGGAAGAGUUAGUUAUACUGGAGUAAACUACUGUUUUAAUAUAAUUGAUUACUUUUAAUCUAAUAGAAUGUUGUGAAUUAAGAUAAAUAAAUAGAAAUAUUAGUGUAACUUAUAUUUUUAUGAAAACAUAUUAAUUUAAUGUAGUACUACUAUUUUAUGUGAAUUACAGAUGGACCGUGUUUUGUUUAAUUAUACAGGCAAAGAUAUUUGCAACGCAAAAUUUGAUUAUUCUCCAUUUGAACUAACUGAAGAAAAUUCAGUUAGUAUUAUUACUGCUGAAAUUUAUAAUCCAAAUUCAUUUUAUAUUCAUUUAAAAUCAAAACUAAAUACACUGGAAAAUCUCAUGGCUAAUUUACAGUCUGUACUUUUAAUACAAUUAAUAUUAUAUAGUAAUUAUUUAUAGAUAAUACUUUUGUUUUAAUAGAGAAUAUUAUGAUAAAAAUGAGCUAAAGUACAUAGUUUUACCAGAUCUUUUAAUUCCCGGAUUAGCUUGUUGUUUAAGAUUUGAAAAUACUAUAAAUUGGCACAGAGCUAAAAUUUUGACAAUAAUUGAUAAAGACUAUGUAAAAGUAAGUAAAAAUGGAUUACAAUAAAUAUUAACACUUAAUAACAUAUACUAAUGUACACACAGACAUCUCUCUCUCAUUUAAAGGUGGCGAGAGCCUGGGAAUGCUCACAAAGAACAUAUUAUGAUUAUUGCUUUUAUAUGAAUACAAUUACCACACUAACAGCCUAAAAUUGCAUGCAAUGCCACAUAACCCAUACAAUAACACAAAACACCAUUUUUACUUAUACAAUUUUUUAUGUAUGCAUAUUCAUUUAACAAACAGUACAAAAUAUUUGUAUUGUAUACAAGCUAUAGUAAUCACUAUAUCAUAUAUCUGCUAUAGGACCCCAAACUCCUAAUCCCUUAAAAUAUAUAUUAGCUGUUUUAUUUAAAAAUUACCUCCUAGGAUAACGGAGACAGAUGCAGCCACUGUUAUAGAAAAUUUAAUGUAUAUCUGUAAAGAACAAUAAAUUAUUUUGUUCAGUUGAUAGUGAUGCUUUGUCAGCAAUAUAUAUAUCAUUUUAUGGUAAAAUGUUAAAUAGGCAUUAUAUAUUUAAUUAAAUAAUAUUUUUUUAAAUAUUGUAUUGAUUUUUUCAUGUUUUUUUUCUGUUUUCCCCAUUUAUUGGAAAAAUCGAAAAAUUACCUCCCUUUAUUUCCUUUUAGAAAAUAAUCCACACUUGAUACAUUGGAGCAAGAUUUCUGGUAGAAAGUUUGCACAACAAAUCGAGAGGUAUUUUGCCAUUAAAUAGUCCCAACAAGCAAUAGUUGGGUCUCUAGGUACAACUAAAAUGCAUUAGUUUUUUCAUUGUUUAGGUAAAAGGGGAAACAAAAUGCAAAACAUUUUGUUUGAAAACCCAAGUCCAACCAUUAGAUCAUGACAAAUAUUCUUCAAAUAGAAAAAACAACCCCUAUUUCUAACAUAUCAGUUUCAAAAGAUGUUCAUGUAACUUCAAAAGUUAAACAAAAUAGUAAAAAAAAAAACCCCUUCUAAUGAUAAUACUCCAAAAAUAUAUAAACCCCCACCGUUAACUAUCAAAGGUGUUAAACAAAUUGAUAAAUUAAAAUAAUUAUUAACGUGUGAAGAACUGGUAGGAAACGAACAAUUCAAAGUCCUAUCAAAUGAUGAGAGGAGAAUCUUAAUAACAAACGAAAGUCAAUUCAGAAGUACAAUAUAAAUAUUAGAAGAAAAUAAAGUUGAAUACCAUAGGUACCAAUUAAAAAGUGAAAAACCAUUUCGAGUAGUAUUAUGAAGUAUAAAUCAUGACUCCGAAAUAAGAAUAAUUACCAAUGAACUGUAUGACCAAGGCUACGAAGUAAACAAAAUAACCAAUAUACAAAUCAAGAAAAAAUCUAAUCCUAAAAACAAAAACAGUGAGUGGACAUACAUAUGGCUAUCAUUAUUCUUUGUAGAUUUAAAAACCACAGGAGAAUAAUAAAGACAUUUACAACAUAUAACUACUAUGUCAUCAGAUAAUAAAAAUAGAACCACCAUGUAAAAAAAAAAGAAGUAUAACAGUGUAAGGAUUACCAAACUCUCAGAAACAACAUUACUGUCAUAAAUCGGCUGUAUGCGUGAAAUUUAGUGAAGGACACAGAACCGAAGAUUGCCCAAAAUCUAAAAAGACAAAAACAAAAUGUGCAAACUGUGGUGAAAAUCACACAGCCAACUGGAAGGGUUGCUCUGCUUGCAAAAAAGAGUACACUCAAAACAAGUCUCUGCUGUGCAAAGAAUACAGCAGAAACCUGUCACAGCAAUUGUUUCAUACAUGCAGAUGACUAGCACUUCAAAAGUCGAUCCAAAAACAUCUCAACCAAAAGGAAAUGAAGAAUCAAUUACUCUUAAUGAUAUUCUAGUCGUGAUAACGCAGACACUAGCAAAUAUCACAACAAGAAUGAACAAACUAGAAAUAAACCAGACAAAUUUCAAAAAUACCUUGCAGAAAAUAAAAAAAUAAACAAUACACUGCGGAUCAUGGCAUGGAACGCCAAUGGGCUAGUACAGCGCAAACAAGAACUUGAAGACCUUUUAAACAGUGAAAACAUUGACAUAGCCCUUAUUUCGGAAAUUCACUUCACAGCGUGGACCUUUCUUAAGAUAAAGAAUUACAAAAUAUAUACAACAAUUCAUCCUAGUAGUAGAGCUCGGGAUGGUACUGCUGUAAUAAAAAAAAAAGUAUAAAGCACUAUGAACUCGAAAAAUACUCUGUAAAUCAAAUACAAGCAUAAGAAAUUAGUUCCUAAACAAUGAAAAUGAGCCCAAGUGAUCAUGGCACUUAAAUCAGGAAAACCACCAGAACAAGUAACUUCAUAUAGACCAAUUUCGCUUCUUCCAAGCAUCUCAAAAUUAUUUGAAAAACUACUGCUAAAACACUUAAAACCGUUGAUAGAAAAAAGACAGCUUAUACUAGAACAUCAGUUUGGAUUUUGAAAUAAACACUCAACAAUCGACCAGGUCCAUCAUGUCACCAAAAUAAUAAGCAAAGCGCUUGAAGAGAAAAAGUAUUGCUGCGGAGUAUUCCUUGACAAGUUUGGCACAAAUGAUUACUUAUAAAACUAUGUGAACAGCUGUCACAUACCACUUUUCGAAUCCUACCUGACUGGGUUUUUGUGGGAAUUCAGGGUCAUUCAUGAAGAAGCAUUAACUGAUUGGAAAAAGAUACUGGUGUGUGUACCACAGGAAAGCGUCCUUGGACCAAUCCUGAACUGAAUCUACACAGCGGACAUUCCAACCGAUAACUGUUCAAUGACAGCCAUGUUUGCUGAUGACACGGCAAUAAUGACAACAAAUGAAGACCAGCAUAUUGCGACUGAUUAGCUUCAAAGGUCCAUCAACAAUGUUUCCAACUGGACGAAUUGGAAGAUUUAAAUUAACAGUGAAAAAUCGGUGCACUUAAAUUACACCUUGCGUAAAACCCUCUAUAAACCGUUAUUACUAGAUCAGCAGAGCAUCCCACAGUGUGACUCAGCAAAAUAUCUAGGAAUGCACCUGGACUCUCGGCUCAACUGGAAGCAUCACUUUAGACAGAAAAAAAUGUGACAACUAUAUUGGCUGGUUGAAAAACAUUCUGAACUAGAGCAAUCUCACAAGCAAACGCCUCUUGUAUGUAAUGAUAAUUAAACCAAUAUGGACUUAUGGAAUUCAACUGUGGGAUUGUACCAGCAAGUCCAAUAUUGAGAUUAUACAAUGUUGGCAGAACAUCGCUCUCCGUACCAUUUUCGCAGCUAACUGGUAUUACAGAACUGACAUUAUCUAGUAAUAUGCAUUGUCCAUAUCAUUAUUUACCCCAUCAAAAAACUGUCAACAAUGUAUAUUUCAUAUUGUGGUAAAUUAAUGAAAUAGGUAUUAUAUAUUUUCUUUAAUAAUAUUGUUUAUAAUAUUAUACAGAUUUGUCUAACACUCUUCUUUUCCUACAUUUUAUCUCCAUUUUUAAAUUUAUUGGGAAAACUCAGUCUAAUAUCCUUUCAAAAAAAGUUUUAUCAUUUUGAAUGAGAGCAAAAAUUUCUGGUAAAAAAAAUGUACACGGAAAAAAAGCCAUAAUAAAAGUCUACCCAAAUAAAAUGUCCUUUGAGAAAAUUUGCAAUUAAAAAUUGGAGCAAGAUUGCUCGUCGAAAAAUUGUUCACAAAUUAAAAAAUAAUAAUAAUAAAUAACAUUAUUGUAUUACCAAUACAUUUCACACUAUGCUUAAAAUCAAAAAGUAUACAAUUUUACACAAUAUGUAAUAAAUACAAUUAUAUAUAUAUACAAUAUUACAAUAUACCUAUAGUUAAACUGUUUUCUUAGGUGGCUUAUGUUGAUUUUGGAUCUUAUGAAGUUGUCAACAAAUCUAGAAUUCGACUGCUGGUAUCAAAAUUUAGUAUUGAACCUGUGCUGGCUCUACACUGUUGUUUGUAUAGCGAUGAUGAAUUUAACUUUAGUCGAGAAACAAAUGAAAUUUUUGGUGAAAUGGUGGAUGGCUUUGAUCUAGAAGCUCACUUUCAUGGUUUUACAUUUCUAAAGGUAAAUAGCAAAAUUAUUUUAUAUAUCAUAUAUAAUGUUAUUCAAUUGUGUUUCAAUUUUAGGAUGGAAUUAAAAAGAUGAGAUUGCAACUAUUUUUAAAAGUGAAGGAUAUGGAAAGUAUAGACAUAAACAAAUUAUGGUGAGUUUACUGAUGUAAAACUUAACCUAACAUACAUUUUUUUUCCAACCGAUGGUGCAACCAAGAUUUAAUUUCGAAUGGGAGGGGGGUUAUGAAUUUCAACAAAUUUUGACUGCUUAGUUGUAGGCCACUGUUACAGGUAGAUAGUUGGGAAAGUACAGUAUAUACAAUCCUAAUUAAAAAAGGAAUAUAAUAAAAAACAUGGUGAACAACUGCAUGUCCAAAAAAUAUAUUUAAAAUAUAAGUACCUACUACUGCUGGACAACAAUUUUGUGUAAAAAUAAUUUUUUAGAAAAAGUAUUUUUAAUUUCGAAUCAAUUUACAAUGAAAAAUGAAUCUUUAGAAUUAUGAAAAAUGUAAGGUACUUGAGAAAUCAGAUCAUUUUUAGUAACUUCUUGAAAAACAAAAAUAAAACUAAAUUACUAAAUUUUGAGUAUACCAAAGAAUUAAAUGAAACUAGUAGUUAAUAAUUAUAGCCGAGAUGAAAUCCUUGAAUAUACUUUUAUCCUUUUAAUGUAGACAAUUUCUCAUCUUUUAAUGUACCCUAUAAAAAAUUUGGAGUAUUUUCAGGACUGAAGAAAAGAAAUUAAGGAUAAGUAAAAGUAAAACAGAGUAUGAGUUUAGAGAAACAGAAUAAGACAGCUAACAACAAUAAGCAGUUAUAGAUGAUGUUGAACAUUUUAACUAUCUAGGAUAUUUCUUAAAAAACAAUGGUGUCUUUUAUGAUGAUGUGAAAUAUAGAACUAAAUUUGAUUACAAGGAUAAAGUGGAUAAAAGCAUUCAAUGUUUUAUCUGACAAGAAAAUUCCAAUGAAACUUAACAUAAAGUUCUACAAAACUGUGGUGAAACUGAGACUGGCUAUAGUGUAUGGUUAAUAAUAUUGGGUGUGGUGGGCAAAAAAAUAGAACAGAAAAUGAGUGUAACUGGAAUGAGAAUACUUAGGUAGAUGAGAGAAGAUGGGAUAGUGAAUAAUGAUUGGAUGUCUUAAGAAUGAUAUAAAGACAGCCAGUAUUUUCAAUGUGGUAGAUGGGAUCAAGAGAAAGUUUAGAAUGAGGGUGGCCGACCCCAAAUAGUUUAAAUGAAGGCAAAAGAUAAGAAGAUUAAAAAAGUUUGUUGAAUAUUACUUUAAAUUAAUUUUGUUGUCAACAUCAGGGGGUUGAAUAGUAUUCCAUCACUCUUCCUCGGCCUAAAUCUAAAAGUGUUAUACCUCAAAUAUACAUUUUUUAAUGGACUCCAAAAUGUGAACACUAAAAUAUAUUUUAAUCGAGUACUUUGGAAUUUUUCUUGUAGUGAAUAAUUUGAAAAUCAAAAGAAGUAGUGGUCUUACCACUUAAAAUAAGUAUAGCAAAAAAUUACUAUAAUGUAACAUUUUAGAGCUACUUAUUUCUUGAAUGAGCUAAUAACAAAUUUUAAAAACAAAAAUUAAUUUUUUGAGAUAAUGAAUGUAUUACAUUAUCUUGAUUACCCUGUAAUCAACCUUAUUGUGUAACCUACCUUUUUCUGUAAACAAGUGUAGUUUUGAUUCUAAGCGUUAAGUAAUUUUAAUAAUAUUAGUAAAUUUUAAUUUUAAAUAUUUCAUUGUAACUUAAUUAUUUGUACUUAAUAAAAAUAAUUUUCCUUAGUUUUUUUACCACUACAUUAUUAUUUAUCAUUUUUUACUUAUAGAACAACUUUUAAAAAACACUUUUUAAAUAUUAUUUUCAGUGCUAAACAUAUCAAAAACACUUCAUAUAAAUCUGAAACAUCAAUUAGAAGGAUUAUGUGUGAAAUAGAACAAGAAAAAUCUAUUUUAAAAAAAAUAAAUACUCCAAAGAACAAAAAUAAUAGUUCCUAACUAUUAGCUUUUAACUUUACUAUUAUUAUCUUACAUUGUAAAAAUACAUACCUAAUAUUUUUAAAUUAUUUUUAAUUAAAUGUAUUUUAUUUAAAUUUAUUAUGUUUUAAAACAAAAUUAACAGUAAGAUUUUAUUUGAUACACAUAUAAUAAUUAAAUUAGUAUGUUAAUUUUGUAUUUUUGCAUUUUCUGUAUUGAC